AUGCAAGAGCCAUCAACACCAUCCUCGUCAUCAGAGACACUCGCAAGCCAACCACAACGAGCAACACCACCUACACGGCACCACCGCAACCAAGACUCUCUCAUCUUCAUCAACGCGACCAUCCCCCUCAGCCCCGCGUCUUCUACCUCAAACGACUCCUCCAGCGACACCUUACUCGACGGCCUGGCGCCGCGAAAACGCAGCGGCUUCGCGCGCCUGUUCUGCUGCUUUGGGCGUGAAGAGCGCGCGAGGCGGCGGGCGCUGAGAGCCACCCAGUUUGAGAAGGUCGGCGAGAAGUGUCACUGGUCCGAGUACUGA